UAUCCCCAAUCAUUCGAUAAUUCAAUAUGGCGGAUCGGUGGUGAGCAAAUGACAACAUGAAUUAUUUUGGGAACUUCGCGUCAUAAUAAAAUACAGCUUUUGCCCUGUAUCUUUUACAAAACAAUGGCUACGAAGACUGAUGAUGCACCAGCUAAAAUAAAAUCCUACCACGAUGAAGGGUUUAGAUAUAUAAACCAGGGCUUAGAAUGUGACGAAAAAGGGAAAAACAAGGAGGCAUUACAGCUGUAUCGCAAAGGAGUAAGGAGUCUUGUGACUGGGUCCAGCAUUUACUGUCGAGGAUCAGGGAAACAAUACGAUGAUGCAAGGCAAAAACAAGAGAAGAUGAAGCUAGCAAAGGAGCAAGUAGAGGAACGGAUAUCUGCUCUGUCAUCAUUAGACAGGGCAUCUACAAACUCCUCAGCCAAGACUGGUCCUCCUGGUGAAGUCGAACAUGCCACACCCGAUAACGGCAUGUGGGAAGACGUGAAUGAGCUUCUGGUCCUCGAAAAUGCAGUGAAGAUGUUCUUUGUCAGUGAACAAGGCCAUGUUACAACAAUCUCUCAACCACAGACUCUGCGUGCCUAUCAAUUUAUUAUGUAUGAAGAAGGUUGUGAGCAGCCUCCUGCCUUUCUUCAGUGCAGUGGAUGGAUGUUCCCAAUGAUCCCCAAGAGGUCGCCAGUUCUCAACACAGAGCCCCAUACCUACAUGUUCCCUGACAUUACCAUCAGUGCCUCUAAAUCAGUGCAGCGUCCAGGGAGCUUCGCAUCUGUUGGUCUUAUUUUAAACCCUGAAACUCCAUCAAGUGACAUGAACAGAUUUGAAAGGAUUUUGAGGUGCUAUACAGACUACCACCACUACACACCAACACCUGACGAUUACCAGGAAAUACAGGCUGUCAGUGGAACCAAUCAACCAGCUGAGUAUGUAGCAUCCAAGUCUGUAGCUGCUAGACCAUUACCCGGAGCCAUAAGGGGACAAACCCAGACUGAGGAAGAGAAGGGAACAUGGGGAGAAAAAGUUUCAAAGGGUAUUUUGGUUGGUGCAGAGCUGAUCGCUUGGGGACUAAUGAAAGGAGCCCAAGUUGGAAGCCAUCUUGUAUACAAAGGCGGAAUCAAGAUACGCCAAAACUUGCGACCUAAUGAAUCCCCCACUGAAGUGGAUGAAAAAGUUCAGGAAAACAUCAGACAUGUCAAGUCUGUAGCAGGUGCUGCUUGUCAAGUUAGUGGAGCCGUCGUCGCUGCUGUAGGAGCUCUCACUGCUGAACUUGGCAGACGGCUAGCACCUGUUGUCAUUCAACAUGGAGCAAAGGUGUUGCCAGAUUCAGUUAAGAGCAAGACUGAUAAUGAGAAAGGCGAGAAAGUGAUGCAAGAAGCUGUCAAAGUCGCUGUGACCGGUGCUCAUGGUUUUGCUUCUAUUUACCAAAGUCUGGAGACCUCGUGGCGCAUGCUCUACACGAGCCUUCAGCUGGCCACAGUAGAGACCGUCGAUCACAAGUACGGCCCAGCAGUCGGCGAGGCAACAAAUAACUCGAUGGGUGCCCUGGGAUUCGCCUUACAGACCGCGUGGAACGUGGACAAUCUGGGAGUGAAAGCCCUGGCCAAGAGAACAGCAAAAGACACAGGGAAACACAUGAUAAAAGAAGCCGAAAAGAGAUAUAUCGUGUCCGCUGACGACCAGUUAGCAAGACAAUAGUACCUGAAACCAUUCCAUUUUUUUGGAAAAUGUUGUACAAAAAAGAUUUUAUAUUUAAAACUAGAAGUUCUCUGAUCCAGAAGACAUUUUCCACAGUGGUGUAGGCACGGGACCACGACGGUAACACGACGACAAGUAAAACGACGGCAACACGACGACAUUAUUGGUCGCCAUGAACCAUCGAUUGUUCUACACUUGAUCUACACUCAUAGAAACGUAGAAAUUUCAAUGCCUGAAAGAGUCUUGAUCUCAAUAUUUUUUUAUUAUUCUUCACAAUAUUCUGACAAGAUUUAAUUGUCCGAUGGGCGUUUAUAGAUAGUGUCUAGCUGCAAACAUAAUAAAAUCAAAUAACAAGUGUGCCUCAAA